AGAUAUCUGUAGAAAAGUAGGCUUCUCAAAAGUUUUUAAAUUUCACAGAUUAGUCAAAUUUCUAACAACAAAAAUAAUGUUGAGGCCUGACAUGGGGACUGACUUUGAUUUUGCCAAAUGAGGACAUUAAAAAAAAACAAAACAAAAAACCCCCCACUAUUUGCUGUACACCACUAUGUCAUUUUUUAGAAAAGCAUAUUUUAGCACCUAAAAGGAAGGACCUCAAAUAAAUGACAAUCUUUAUUUAAAUUGAAAUGAGUCUAUGUGGCCUUAUGUAGAACUCAUGGAAUGGUUUCUCUUUUUCUCAUUUAACUUAACUGUUGGACAGUGAAAAUGUGUCAGUUUCAUAACUGCUUUUCUAGAGUAUGUGCUGUUCAUAUUAAAACAUUGCCUGGGACAUUGGCUCUCAGUAAAUACUUGUUGAAUGACUGCAUAGAAACCUAAUUUAGCAGCCCCUUAUCCAAGUAUCAUUUAAUAUUCUGAUUAGCAGAGUCAUCGAACAUUUUUUUGAAUGUGCAAAUCUGUCCCCAUAACCAUAGAAUUUUGAAAUUCUCAGGACCACCCUAUCGUUUAACCAGUGGUGUUAAAUAGAUUUGGAAAGAUGAGAGGUGUGUGGUGACAUCCUUACGGUUGUGACUUAGCCAGGCUAGAACACAGGUCUCUGGAGUGUUCUGUUCCGAAGCACCAGGCUGGUGACCAGCUGGUGUGCUUAUUAGUUAGUAGCCUCCAUUGUGAUUGCCACAAAGAAAAGACUGAGAAAUUGAGAUUAAAAACUUCAGGUUUGGAAAUCCCUUGUCUCCAGGUUGCUGGGAUUGACUUCUUGCUCAAUUGAAUCACUCACUCAAUGGAGACAAAGAGAACUAAUGCUUUGUGCUGAUUCAUAUUUGAAUCAAAGCAUCGGGGAGUCUGUAUGCCUUGUUUGUGGAAAGAACCAGUGACACUAUCACUGAGCUUCCUAAAACUUCUGAAGAUAAGAAGUUAGAGGACUAUAUACUUUGUUUUGAACUUUUAUAAUAAAUAUUUGCUCUAGUUUUGAAGCCCAGGGCUGCUGGAGGUGUGAGUGACAAGUCUUACAAGUGGCCUUAUUCCAACUCUGGAAAUUCCCCAAGGAAACUUUGAGAUUCUUGUUUUUUGUUUUUUGUUUUUUUUUUUUUUUAUAAAACCUAGAGUGACAGGAACCAUGCCAACCCAAUCCCUCUUAGUGUACAUGGAUGGGCCAGAAGUGAUUGGCAGUUCUCUUGGCACGCAGAUGGAGAUAGAUGAUGCCAUGUCGAUAAAAGGGACCACUGCUGUUCCUUUCAGAGCUACGCAAGAAAAAAAUGUCAUCCAGAUAGAGGGAUACAUGCCUUUGGAUUGCAUGUUCUGCAGCCAGACCUUCGCGCAUUCAGAAGACCUUAAUAAACAUGUCUUAACGCAGCAUCGGCCGACCCUUUGUGAGCCAGCAGUGCUGCGGGUGGAAGCCGAGUAUCUUAGUCCUCUUGAUAAAAGUCAAGUGCGAACAGAGCCUCCAAAGGACAAGAACGGCAAAGAAAACGAAGAGUUUAGCUGUGAGGUAUGUGGGCAGACAUUUAGAGUCGCUUUUGAUGUUGAGAUCCACAUGAAGAAGCACAAGGACUCUUUCACUUACGGGUGUAACAUGUGUGGAAGACGAUUCAAGGAGCCGUGGUUUCUAAAAAAUCACAUGCGGACACAUAAUGGCAAGUCGGGGGCCAGGAACAAACUGCAACAAGGCUUGGAGAGCCCAGUAACCAUCAACGAGGUCGUACAGGCACAUGCAGCCGAGAGCAUCUCAUCUCCUUACAAAAUCUGCAUGGUUUGUGGCUUCCUAUUUCCAAAUAAAGAAAGUCUCAUUGGGCACAGCAAGAUGCACACCAAAAAAACUGCUUCCGGGCCCAGUAGUCCACAAACAGGCUCUCAGCAAGAGGGAAUGUCUCCUCCGAGGGAAGAGUUCCUGCGGUUUUUAAACCUAAGACCAAAAUCUCACCCUGAAACGGCGAAGAAGCUCGUGAAAUGGAUACCUCAGCUCGACCCGUUCACCACCUACCAGGCCUGGCAGCUGGCCACCAAAGGAAAGGUCGCCGUCGGCCAAGAAGAAGUGAAGGAGUCGGGGCAGGAAGGAAGCACCGACAAUGACGACUCGAGUUCAGAAAAAGAACUUGGAGAAAUUUGGAGCGUGACUAAAAGCCAUUCGGAAGGUUCUGGAAAGUCCAAAACAAAUAAAAGUUGUACAGGCCUCUCACAAGAUAAAGAGAAGUCCAGACACUCCAACGGUGAAGUGCCUUCUGCGGACGGGGACCCAAAGUUGCCCAGUAACAAAGAGAAGCCGACGCACUGCUCCGAGUGCGGCAAAGCGUUCAGAACCUACCACCAGCUGGUCUUGCACUCGCGGGUGCACAAGAAGGACAGACGGACGGACGCCGAGUCGCCCACCAUGUCUGUCGACGGCAGGCAGCCUGGGACGUGCUCUCCAGACCUCCCCCCCGCUCUGGACGAGAACGGAGCCGUGGAUCGAGGGGAAGGUGGUUCUGAAGAUGGAUCUGAGGAUGGGCUUCCCGAAGGGCUCCAUCUGGAUAAAAAUGAUGAUGGAGGAAAAAUAAAGCAUCUCACAUCCUCAAGAGAGUGUAGUUACUGUGGAAAGUUUUUCCGUUCAAAUUAUUACCUCAAUAUUCAUCUCAGAACCCAUACAGGUGAAAAACCAUAUAAAUGUGAAUUCUGUGACUAUGCUGCAGCCCAGAAGACAUCUCUGAGGUAUCACUUGGAGAGACAUCACAAGGAUAAACAGAUAGAUGUUGCUGCUGAAGUCAAGAACGAUGGUAAAAAUCAGGAGACUGAAGAUGUACUGUUAACCGCCGACAGUGCGCAAACCAAAAAUUUGAAAAGAUUGUUUGAUGGUGCCAAAGAUGUCAAAGGCAGUCCACCCGCAAAGCAGCUCAAGGAGAUGCCUGCUGCCUUUCAGAACGUUCUGGGCAGCGCUGUCCUCUCACCAGCACACAAAGAUACUCAGGAUUUCAGUAAAAGUGCAGCCGACAGUGCGGACAGAGUAAACAAGAGUCCUGCCCCUGCUUACGUGGACGUGCAGAGAAAGAGACCGGCAGCUGAGCCGCAGGCGAAUCACCUGGUCUGUAAAGCAGAGGAGGAGCGCGCUCCUCCUGCGGACGGCGGCGCCGCCCAGAACCGGAACGCGGACGCGGGCCCCAGAGACAAGAAAGCGGAGAUGGCAGCAGAUUGCAAAUACAAGCCGAGCUCGGACUCUCGUGACACGCCUCUAAAUCUGUCCCUCGGGGCUCUUCACAACUGCACAGGAAUGUCUUUGGGUAAAAACGCGAUCCCGAGCAGCACCUGUCCCUUUUGUACCUUCAAAACAUUUUAUCCAGAAGUUUUAAUUAUGCACCAGAGGCUGGAGCAUAAAUUCGACACGGACACUAACAACAAAAACUGUAGAAACAAGUCUUCGCUCAGAAGUCGGCGCACCGGGUGCCCGCCGGCUUUGCUGGGCAAAGACGUGGCUCCGCUGCCGGUCUUCUCCAAGCCCAAGGCCAAGGCGGCUUUCCCGGCGGCCGCGGCGGCGCAGUCCAAAGCCCAGCCCUCGGAGAAGGCCAAGCAGAGCCCGCCGGGGCCGGGCCGGGCGCCGCUGGCUUCGGGGACGGACGCCAGCACUUUAGCCCCGAGCAACCUGAAGUCGCACCACCGGGGGCCGCCACCUCAGGGCGUCGCGGUCGGGGCCGCCGCCAGGCCAACGCCGCCGCCGGAGACGACGUUUCCGAAGACCGCCGCGUCCCCCGCGCCGCCGCCUGACAAAACGAAAAGGCCUGAGGCGAAAUCGAGGCCUCUGCCCCCGGCCGCCCCUUCUUCGCAGCCCGGCCUGGGCGCCAACGGCUCCGUGGACUACCCCGCCAAGCACGACGGGCCCUGGGCCCCUCCGGGGAGAGACUAUUUCUGCGGGCGGGGCGCGGCGGACUUCGGGGAGCCUCCCCCCAAAAGGCCGAGGUGCAGCGCGGCCGCGCUGGACGCCGAGCAGCCCGGGCCCAACUACCGGCGGGCCUACGACCUCCCCAAAUACCGCGUCGUCAGGAGCAUCACGUCGCUGUUACCUCAGGAGUGUGUGUGCCCGUCGCCCGUGUUGCCCCCCAAGCCCACGCGGUUCCUGAGCUCUGGCGAGGCCGAGCCCCCGACCGCGCUGACGGCUCAGAAGCCCUACGGCGGCCCCGCGCCCCUCUAUGCCUGCGGGCCGGCCGCGGGCGCCGCGCUCGCGCUCGAAGGAAAAAGGCCUGUGUCGUAUCAACACUUAUCUAGCAGCAUGCUGCAGAAGAGGAACUAUGAAAAUUUUAUUGGGAAUGCACAUUAUCGACCAAAUGACAAAAAAACUUGAUUUCUUAUUUUUAGGGAAAAAAGGUCUUGAUGGAUGUAAGUGCAUACCCUCCAUGAAAUUAAAUUUUAGUUCAUCCUUUGAGAAAGUGAAUGGUGAAAGCUACUGAAAUAAGCUGUGAUUGUACUGUACAUAUAACAUAUAAGGAACACUACAGUUUUGUAAAGUUGUUCUGUUAACUUUUGUACCAAAUAGCAAUAAAACUAGUUGUUGGGCUGUAUACAAGUGGGGACUAGAAAUCUCUAUUUUGUCCCUGAAUAAUAUUUUUUUUAGAAUUGACCAAAUAAGAAGUGGAAUUUUUGCAUACUUGAGCGCUGCUGAAAAGAAAUCAUUUGGGGUAGGGCGGGGUGGGGUGGGGGAAAAGUAUAUAAUGCUUGCACCUCAGGUAAAAAUCUGUAAAUAUUUAAGUUGUAAACCUGCUUGUUCAAAUACUAUGUGUAUUCCUUUUCUCAUGUAGCUCAUCACUUUGAGCAGUUCUGCUAUUUGUGCUCUUUCAUUUAAAAAUGUAUGUUUUUAAAAAAAUUCUCAAUGAUUUGUAUUAUGUUGAAUCCUCUGAAAUCUAUUGUUGUCUUAACGAAAUUGUUAAACGGAAGUAUUGACCCUCUAUGAAUAUGUGCUGUGUGUGUUGAGGUCAGCCAUUCUGAAUUUGGCGCCCUUGUGUCCCAAACUUCAGCAUGUCAACUGGGGAAGACACCUUCCUGGCCGCUCCAGGUUGUCCUGGAGUCACCACCCUCCUCUCCUGAGGGGUGGGGUGGCUUGUGGGGUUUCUAAGUGGGUGUCUACAGAGGAGCUUUUCCUCCAUAGAGCAGCCGGAUAUCAAGUAAACAUACCUAACUGUGUGUGGAGUUAAAUUUGUUUUCUAUCAAAUUUAAUCAUCUUUGUUGGAAAAUUCAGGUUUUUUGAGUGUUUUGCCUAAAUUAGCACAUUAAAAUAUAAGUGUUAAAUUAUAUAUGUGAAUUCCAAAUAUUGGGAAGCAAUUUUAAAGGAAAUGAAAGGUUUUUUUGAAAAUUUUAGGUUUGUAUUUGGCAGUCUUGGCGUGUCUGGCAUUGAGGUUGACUGUGGACAUAUUAAAGUUAAUUAUAGACACAUUGAUUCUGACUAAGAAACUGCUGGCUGAGCCUCCUGGGGAGAGAGAAUCUGCUUCUAGACCUCAGUUGUCUUCCCAUUUUGGUUGUUUUGAAGCAGCAACGUUUUUCUCAGUGCACAUGCAGUUUUGGUUUUAGGAGAGCCACGAGCUGGCUUACUAGAUAUUUUAAACUUUUGUUCCUUUAAUGUGCUGUCGCUGGCUGAGUUGAUUCAGCAGUAUGUGGGUUUGGCAGCCACAGAAUAUUUUAUUAAGAAACCGUUUCAAGAUAAAUUUGCACUGUUAAUUUUUCUGGCCCUGCUCUUCUCCACAGAGCAAGGAUAAAGUCCUAAAGGAGUCCUGAUUUUUUUUCCAUUAUGCAACAUGAGGUGUCCUUGGUAGAAGUCUUAACUCCUGUGCUAAAGGGAGACCUAACUGAGAUCGGUCUGCUGGCCUCGAAAUGAAGUGCUUUGUAUCAGGAAAGUGUACACUAUUGACCUUGUUUCCUGUUCACAAGCUGAGCCAUAUGUACAUAAUCUAGAUUUUGUUUUCAUAGUUUUGCACUUUUAUAGCCUAUUUUUGAAGAUUAACACAUUUGCAAGAUAAUUGAUUCAGUCUUUGCCUAAUUCAAUGAGUGUUACAGAGAGCUUGCUGUGACUAUAAACGGAAAUCUUAAAAAGGGGGUAUGUGAUAAUAGAGGGCUGAAAUUUAAACCUGUAUUUAAAAAAAUCACCAAAUCUAUUUGAAAACAAGUCAGUUUGUGUUAUGCUGAAAUUUUUUGGGCUUUCAGAUUUCUCCUUUUCAACCACAUUUCUGAAUACGUAAAAAUACCAAUUUUUUUCACAGCCCUUUGUACUUCAAAAUGUUUUUUUUUUUUUGUCCAUCAGUAUUAACUAUUGGUAUACUACUGGUUUUGUAUGUUUUUUUUUCCUUUGAGACAACAGUACAUAUAAUAGAGGUACAAUUCGUUGGAUUUUUGUUUAUGUAUUUAUUUCAUUCCAGUUUGAUUUAUUUUAAUUGUUGAUACUUAAGUUGUCAAAUAGUAGACAUUACUUGUUUAUUUAUGAUAUAUUUCAGCUUAAAGUUAUGUUAUUAUAUGUGGAUGUAAAUAUAGAUUUGGUGUUUUGCAA